AUGGAGAGCCUGGAGCCCGGCUGGGGAAGACGGGGUCUGGAGUGCACAGGGUGUCAUAAGCAACUCCACGUGUUCGAGCAGGACCACGGGCGUUAUCGGCAUAUCAACGGGAAUAGUGAGGUGGACGAGGUCAAGUUCGCGUAUCUAGGCACAGGCGUGGAUCUCGGAUGA